ACCGAAAUCUAUUUUCAAGAUAACCUUCAAGUGAUUUUGUCAAAUGAAUUGAUAACAAGCAAGUAUCAGCCGCCUCGUAACAAUUGGUUGUUAAAACUUAUUCAUUCUAUUUAUUCGACCUAUUAUUAUAAUCAAAAUGAAGUCUAUAAACAAAAUUAUAAAUAUUUGUUCGACUCUUCCAAAAAAUACAAGGUUGAUUUCGACAACAAGUAGUAAUUUAAACGCCGAUGAUGGGUGGUUUUCGAAGUUGCUGGUACGAAGGAUAGAACCGACUAAAGAAUCACACAGUCGUAUGCUUAGCGACAAGGAGAUUGUAUACGCACUCCAUACUCAUAAUAUCCGACCCGACUCCGUCGAUAAAUACUUGAAAAAUUAUAAAACAUCAGUAGCAUUUGUGGAAUCAAGGAAAGCGGAUCUUGGCUGUGAGCUUGUUGGAUCAUGGACUGUGUCAGUUGGAGAUAUGGAUCAAGCAUUGCAUCUAUGGCGUUACGUCGGUGGUUUCGAGAAAAUAGACAAGGCUAAGAUUUUAUUUAAAGAAAAUGCAGAUUAUCGUGCACUGGAGAAGGAGCGCGGCAACUUUGUGCGUUCUCGGCACUUGCAGUACUUGCUUGCAUUUAGUUUUUGGCCAAAUGGUGAACCGAGGCAGCCUAACAACAUCUAUGAGAUCAGAUCAUACAGUUUGAAGCCGGGCACAAUGAUAGAGUGGGGCAACAACUGGGCUCGCGGGCUGACGUACCGCCGCUCGCAGAACGAGGCCUUCGCCGGAUACUUCUCGCAGAUCGGACGACUCUACAAUGUUCAUCAUAUUUGGUGUUAUAAGGAUUUGCAAGCCCGACGUGAGACUCGUGAGAGUACAUGGCGCAACCCGGGCUGGGAUGAAUGUGUCGCCUACACCGUGCCUCUCAUACGGGAGAUGCAUUGCCGCAUCCUCGAGCCCACGGAGUUCUCUCCCACGCAGUAAACCACCAAUGUAACAGUUGGAUAUUAACCCUUUGCAUACAUAUCUUAAAUGUGAUAAUUGGUAUUGCAACCUUAGACCGAAGCGGACUGAAGUUUUGAUAUAGAGGUAUUUUAUUUACAUUUUACAAAAUUCUUGUAUUAUUUUCUAUUUUAUUUCAUCUAAUAGUAUUUAAAUUACUCAAAAAUUUACAAUUAUGUUCUAGAUAUCUGUGUAGUCAUUUAACAUCGGAAAAACUGAUUUUUUCAAUACAAAUAGAAGCAAUGUCUGCAGUAACAUUUUAUUGUUUGCAAAGGGUUAAUAAUCACAACUAUUACUAUAUCUAUUUGAAAGUCACAUUGAUUAUUGAAAAAGUCCAAUGUCCGUGAAGAUUAAUUGAAGCCAAUAACGAUUUCACGUUGUUACAAAUGUAUCUAGAAAUAGUCGAGUAAAUAAAAUACAAAGCAAGUGCCUAGAUUUAGUGUUCUAGAACUACCGUCCUGUUGACUACAUGACUAAAAUUAUAUUAAAAAUCUUAUACUAAAGGUACAUAUGUAAUUCUUCUUCAAUUACUAUUUUUACUUGUUUCAGCUAUAUUUUUAAUGUAUUAAAAAUAAUAGUGGAAAUUUAAUCGUUUGUGUCUGAUAAAUGACUUGAAAAUUAAGUUACCCCUGUAAUCUUUAGUUUUAUAUUGACUCCUAAGCAACAGCAGAUCCAGGGGGGGUCAUGACAUCAUGACCCCCCCUAAGCUGAUUGGACAGGAGCUUGAGAAAAUGUAUUUACAUAUUUUGUCAAGCUCUUGACCGCGACUGUGGACCCCCCCCCCACCCCUGACGCCAAAGCUAGCUCCGCCCUUGCUCCUAAGUUAAUCUGUGUUGAAAUCAGUAAAUGUAGACCAUAAUCAUCACAACAAUACGUAUUCUCAAUUAUUUGUCUAAAUAACUAGUGAAAUCGUUACUGGUGUUGCAUAGUAUUGCUAAAAAUGUCAAAAACUGUCAAUAUGGCGUCUAAUGUACAAAACUAACAAAGGUGCAUUUUAUAACAUCAUAGUUUGUGUUUUUAAAUUUCGUUCUAUUUGUUUAUUGAGCAAUCAUGCAGCUCUUAGAAUAUUAGCAAUUUCAAUUUAGAUCCAUUUAAAUUUCUUUUUAGCAUUUAAGUAUAAUGAAAUUUAUAAUGUAUUUAAAAUAUAUGAAAGAAAACUAACCGGUAUAUAUUUUAUAUUCUUAUUUAGCGCAUGCUAUGUAGUUAUUAAGAUGAUCGUUUAAAUAUUAACUAUAUGUUAUUUUUUGUACGAACUAUUUGCGAAUCAUUAUCAUGUUCUGUUGAAAUAAGUAGAUUUUUCAAACAGUUAA